UUCUUUUCCAAACAAAUGGCGGGUAACUGGUGAGGUUGCCUACACCAAUAUGAUGCGACCAUAACUGCUUUGAUGAACGAUGCCAGCUGAAAUGGCACUGUCGACUCAGCAAGAUGACCAUGACAGUCAUUAUGUCUUACUGGCUAAAAUUGACAAUGCCAAAAACGUGUCAAAUAUCCUCAAAGCUAUUCAUUUCAAGGAGACUGCCACUGUGUUCGCGAGUUCCAUGGGGUUAAAGGUGACUGUGGAAGAUGCAAAGUGUGUUCAGGCCAACGCCUUUAUCCAGGAGGGACUGUUCCACGAGUACAACAUCACAGAGGACCAGAUCACAUUCAAAAUCAACCUCACCGUGUUACUUGAAUGCCUGACCAUAUUUGGGACUAGUCAGGUGCCAGGGGUGACCACCACACUGAAGAUGUGUUACGGUGGCUACGGUUGCCCACUCAUCCUAAUGUUGGAAGAAGACGGGGUGCUGACAGAUUGUAGCAUUAAAACUUUAGAACCUGAUGAAGUUCUAGAUUUCAACUUCAGCAGUACAAACGUCCUCAAUAAAAUGAUCAUGAAGUCGGAGUGCCUGAAGGAAGCAUUCAGUGAACUGGACAUGACAAGUGACAUUCUUCAGAUCCUCCUGUCUCCAGAUCAACCUUACUUCAGGCUCUCAACCUUCGGCAAUGCUGGUAGCACCACAUCUGAUUUUCCUAAAGAUUCCGAUAUGGUUGAGUCCUUUUUGUGUACACAAACACAAACCAACAGGUACAAAAUCUCGCUGCUGAAACCCUCUGUGAAGGCCCUGGCCCUAUCAACGCGAGUGUCCAUUAGGACGGACAACCGUGGCUUCCUCUCUCUCCAAUACAUGAUCAAGAACGAUGAUGGCCAGGUCUGCUUCGUGGAAUAUUAUUGUGCUCCUGAUGAAGAUGUAGAUGAUCCUGACCAAUGACAGCAUGGGCUUCAAUCCUCAUGUCAACAUCAAAGCUUCAAUUUCUGUUAAUAGCGUGGUAAUGGAAAGCCUUCAAGUCUACUGAUUGCCAUGGUGUCAGCAAACUUUCAGUUCCUGUUGUUGCCACUGAUGACAUUAGGUUUUCACUUCCGAUGAUUGCCUUAUAAUUAUUGACAACAGUGCUUCAAAUCUGAAGAUUGCCAUUGGGACAAAAAUGCUUCAAUUCUGGUGAUUGCCAUAGUGACAGCAGUGCUUCAAUUCUUGCGAUUGCCAUCAUGACAGAAAUGCUUCAGUUCUGGUCAUUACCAUGGUGACGACAAAGUUUUGUUCAUGGUGCUUGCCACAGCAGUAUCCACUAGCCAGGACCUGCCUGACCCGAACCACAAAACAAACAAUAGCAUUAUCCCUUUUUCCCCUUACACAGACUUAAUUUCUGAGUUCAAAGAUCAUGUGACACUAUUUCCUGUGAUCUGAAUAUGAAAUAACAAUAUAAAAUGUUAUAUUGAUGAAAGUUUAAAAGUAACAGCAUAGAUUACAUAAGCAUGGCAAUGAUGAAUGUCCAUAAGGCCUUUGUUGUGUAAAUAACCUACAUAGAAAAAUUCAAAAGUAAAACAACAAAGUACACCAUCUGACAUCCUGUUUGAAAUAAUUAACAUAUCUGUCGAAUUUGUAGGAAUGUAGGAAUUACAAGGUCUUAAUAUGCUGAUUUCUAUUUUACAUAAUGUUCAAUUGACAUAACCAAUCUCAGAAUAUUUGUCUCAUAUCAGACAGUUUUUAUUGUAGCUUGUAUAAAUUGUUAAUUAUAUCAUUAUUUUCAGAUGAAAACCUGAAUUGAUAUGUGAAAUAGUUCUGUCUAGAUAUAAGUUAUAUUGAAUAAACUGUUGUGUUUGUUAUAAAAAUGUCUUAUGAUUUGCGAUGCUAAAUCAAGAGAUCUCCUGUCACGGUAAGGUUAGUUUACACUGACAGAAUUUGCUAUAUAUAUAACUAAACCUCAUCUACAUGACAGUGCAUCUGAUAGGAAUUUGUUGAUCACAUGACUUUUAAAGAAAGAUCAUGCAACUAUCUUGGACAGAAGUAUCCCUAGUCAUAUUUUCCUCAUUCAGGUCCUAUCUAAGUUUAAAGCUGUAGGACAAGUUUUAAGGCCUUGGAACUGUGCUUAUGUGUUAAAUGCUAUUUUUUACAAGAACUGAUGUGAAUGUACUCUAUAGUGUAUAAGCUUGUGUACAACAACCAAGGUAUUUUUAGCUCAGUAUGUGUACAUUUCCCCUGUAAAUAUUCUAUAAGUAUUACCUGAAAAGUUUGGCUUUGAACGCAGUUUGAUCAGCAUCAUUUUGACCCUUCUCCUGCCUAUAAUAACUUGAGAAAAUCAUUAGAAACAAAAAUUGACCUUAGGCUAUUCCAGGAAUUUCGUUUGCACCAAGUCAACUGACGAAACAAACACUUUACUAUUGAAAAUGAAGUGAUACCUUUACUCAGAUAAAUAAAAACUAAAAAAAAUUGGAAUGUUAAUAUAAGGAUUGAAAGUUGAUGUGGGUAUGAACGCAAAUUGGUUAAAUACAUACAUAUGUAUGUACCCUGAAGCUCUAUAGAAAAUGUAUGUAAGUGAUUUUGUGUUCGUACUGACAUGAUCAUUUUCACGUUUAUUUGAAGUCAAUUGGUUGUAUUAUUUAUAUAGACUUCAUUAUGAUACCACUUGUAUUCUCAAACCUAGUC